GCAAUGUGCAAAAGCGGUACUGAACAUCCAAUGGCAGAAUUUGGAGGAAGACAGUUCUUUGAGGCAGAACUUCUUGGCUUCACUUGCCAACCUCCAUGGCAAGCUGGUGCCGUUCGAUUUCCCUCGAUUCCGUCUGCUAGAGGCCCUCACAGAAAAUCCCUGGACAAAUCCAACUUUGGCUAAAGUCAUGGGUGGCGAGGUGGAAGAUGGUGACAAAGAAGAAGUGCGAGCCUACAUAGAGCAGGAAGACCCCAUUAUCCUCCAACUGAGGGUGGACAUGAUGCUGCAGGAGAACUGUGAGGAGUAUGCCCUCAAUCUUUGCAACAAUUGUCUGAGCCAUCCUGAACUGCAGUCUGACCUGGGGGUCCGCAAGAUCCAGCUGUCACUUCUGUACAAGCUGGGCCAGGAGGAUAAACUUCAAGAGGAGUGCCAGAAAUUAAAUAUACAAGAUGCCGUGCGGAUUAUCAAGCAGCUGCAGACGUCAGAAACUCACAGACAGAUCUGCACAGUUUUGGCUCAAACAUUUAUGGUCCAGAACUGGAUCAGACCUUCUGACAUGGAAGCCAACAAGGAGCUGCUGCGGCUGUGGAUUAGGCAUCAGCUGUUGGUGGACAGAGAGCAAGACCAGUUCAAAGAGAGUGUUUGGGCCAUGGCCAAACUUUCUCAGUCUACGGAGCAGAUCGUUAUCUUCAUUGAUGUGUUGAGAGAAGAGUGUGGGGAGAUUUUUCUACAACUGUACGUGGACAUGUGCAUAUUUGCCAUAAAUGUGGACAAAGGCCAAAUGGAGACCAAUAAGAAGGAGGGCAACAUGGAGGCUGCAGCUGCCAGGAGAAGCGACAUGGCUUCUAUCUGUGCCAAACUGGCAUGCCUCUGCCACCAUGCUUCCAUCAAGGUGGCCAGAAUCUGCGCUCUGACAUCCUUUGCCCUGAAGCCCACUGAGCAGUCGUUUAUGAAAAUUGGCACGUUUUACGGCCAGGGAACAGAUUGCUGUAACAAAUGUGGCCGAGACAGAAAUAGAGAACCUGGCACCAUAAACCCAGCAACUUUGUAUGAGGUGGAGCGGCUGCUCAGUAUGUUGCGACCAGACUACCUCAGCCCCGACCAGUCGUAUACCAACAUACAAAUCUUGUGCCGAAGAUUCUUACAGGAGAGUUUAAAAAAUGCUCAACAACUCCAGAGACAGCAAAUGAUUGCGCAGAAUUCUGGGAUAACCACCUUGAUUGAUGGAACUAAAGUGACAGUUCCUGCUGGUAGACCUACAAAUGUAUUUGAGGCUUUGUCAGCACAAGAUUACCAUAAUACUCAGAUGCUUCUCAACAGAAUGAGAAUUCAGAGUAUCACGCAUACAAAGGCAUCCAUGCCUGGAUCUCCAGGGGUACAGCAUCAUUACAAGGGUCACGGUUCUGUUGGAGUUCGUCGCGGAGAACCGACCAGCCCUGCUCCAGCUGGGCAAGUGAAUAAAGCUCAGUAUAUGUUUGACGUUGAGAAAAUCAAGAGCAAGCAGCCAUAUGGGGUCCCUGUGGAGCAGCAGCACCAGUACUACCUAAUGAAGCAUGAAAAAGAACUGGAGCAGAGACGUAAAAAUGCGCAGAAGAAGAGAGAAGGAAAAACACAGCAGGGCAUGACUUCAAAUACACAGAUGCAGCAACAGUCUUGGCAGCAGCAACAAAGUCAACAGCAGCACGGUGAACAAGUAAAUGAGAUGAUUCAGUCAGCCUUACAGGAUUCUGACUCGUUGCAGAAGUUAACACAAAGUGCGAAUCCAGGCAUAGUGCAGGCUGUCAUAAACAUCAUGAAAGGUUCUGUUGUAAAAGCUGCAGCAACCUCAGAACUGAAGCGACAGCAGGCAGGGUCUCAGCAGAUGAAGCCCAUUAUUUUGCCAUCCCAGCAAGGAACUCAACCGUUGCCAACAGUUUCAACUUUACUAAAGCCCUCAGUUCAAGCACAGAAGCAACAAAAUCAGGAACAUCUUCAUGCCAGACAGCAGCAGUCACUCCUUACCACAGAACAGUCCCCACCUAAACGACAUCCAAGACCUCAGCUAUAUGCUCAACCGAUUGUUGUGUCAACGGCUAGCAGCCUAGCUCCGCAGAGAUACCAGUCAUCAGUGGUCAACAGAAAUAACAGUUCAACUGCAAGCUCAUCUGGUGAGAAGCAGAAGGGAGAAGGCUUUGUGUUGGCCAAAUCUCACGUGGAGGACAUUAGACGCUUGAUGCAGAUGCAGAUGUCAAACUUGCAACAGAAACAGAUUGCAGAACCUCAGCACAUGUCUGGGUCGACUGUUACUGUGAAGAACACAUCCAUUGCCAACACCUCAUUGGGCUUCGCCAGCAGACCAAGGACAACUGUGGAGCUGGCGGAGCAGGCAGCACUGGCAAAGCUUCAGAAGCAUGACAGUUCAAAACCUGGCAUGUUUCAGCAGUCCCAGCAGCUGAGCAGUAACAGUGGGCAGAUGUUUAUGUCCCAGUCCAAACAGGCAUUGCCCCAGUCCAGUCAGCAGCUGCAGUUUACCCCUUCCAUGAACAGCACGGACCACAUAGCACAUCAUCAGCCUCCACACCAACAUCAGCAGAAGUUGUUGCAGUUAGAUCAACAGCAAAUGAAUACCUUUAGUUUUCCCAACAGUCCAACCUCAAACUUAGUCUCUAAUCCAGUGUUGCCAUCUGACGAGCUCUCUGGUUCAAUUAUGGGCAUCGAUGACACCAUCAUUAAAGAGUUGCUGCAAGAUUCUGGGAUUUUAGCAAACACAUUUCCAGAUAUAGACGUGGAAACUGUAGGUGAAGACAAAUCAAAGUUCUUCUCUUUGCCACAUUCUGCCAUGCCGCCCCUCUCCACUCAGAUGCCUAAAUCAUCUAAUUCACAGUUAUAUAAUUACAUGAUGCCUCCAGUUUCUCAAACUCCCUACACCGCACAAAAUUUGCCGGCCUCGCAGCAGUCAUCCCAAGCCAGCUCUAUCACAGCCGGCCAGCCCCAGAAGACAGCUGGUGCCUCUCAUCAACUAUCGGCUAGAGCAGUGAACAAGUGCUCCCUAUUGCCAGCACCACCAUGUUCCACCAGUACAGUAUCUCAUUCACCUCUGAAUCCAUCCAUUUCCCGACUUGGUGAUAGGCCACCAGGAAAACAACACCCAUUGCGGGCAGAUAUGAAAGCUAAUGUCUGUACUUACCCCAAAGAAAAUGCAAGUUACUUGUAUAAUAGAAAAGAAAUCAAAGAUGAAUUAAAGCCGACUGUUGACCAGUUGCGGGAAAUAAUGAAAAAAGAGGACAUUGAAGGCGAGGUCUGCAUGGAUGCUGCUAACAACGCCACCUACCGUUGUAUUAUUUGCAGCAUUGCAUUUGAGUCACUUGAUUAUCUCCGGGAACAUGUCAGGAAUGUCUGCAAACCUGGUCUUCAGUCAUCGAGUGUGUACAAUACCAAAAUAAAACAGGACCGGGCCAACUCAGCAAAGGCUGGUGUGGAGACUACCACAGUUUUUCAGUGCCUGCGAUGUUUUGAACUGUGUGUUAGCGAUGCAGGCAUCAAGCAACACCGGUUGACCUGCAAGCGAGUCCCAACUGUACCUUCAGAUUUAAAAAAAGAGAGUGCAAAUAAUAAACAGAAAUUCAUGCCAAAGUCUGCUAUCUCAAAACAGCCGCCAAAAAAAGUGCCGAAAGAUCAUGCAGACAUGAUGCCAGAUCUUCCUUUACCAUUCCCCUAUCCGUCUCUGAAUGCUGAAGCUGUAUUGAAGAAUAUCUCACAGGCAAGCUCGUUAAAUUCACAGAUAUCCGACUCUAGUAUUGACAGCAGACGGCGGACUCGUGAAUCAUCUAGUAAUCUGAUCAGUAAAUCAACCAUAGCUGUUUCUAUACCACCGCCUACUGUCUUAACUAACACAGCUGCGGGUGUUUCUACAACAUUGCCAGUAUCUUCUUCAGCCUCAUCACGUCUCAGUGCCACAUCACAGACAAGCUCCCUCGGUGCCACCAUGGUAAGGCAGAUACCAGUCUGCAGUGCAGAUGUCGCCAACAGUGUUUCUUUUAUGGAAGAUGCGCCGGUGUUAACAGAUGAUCCUGCAGAGACAGUAGCAAAUUGUAUUAGUGGGGUUAAGAGGGAUCUUGAAAUCAGAGAUUCAAAACUGGUUACACAGGACGAUCCUGAAACGAUUCCCCAGCCAAACUUCACAGAAAUCACAGGUUCAGGAGGAAGUAAAUUUUACAAGUGUGGACUUUGCUCGCAGACUUUGUGCUCACAUGAAAGUUUUCUUGUUCAUUGGAAGGAGUGUGCUGUGAAGAACAAGAAUCUGAUGAAACGACUGGAACUGAAGGAAAAAGCCUGCAAUGCCAAACCUAUUUCUGGGGAGGUUCUAGAAAAUUUGGUCAGCGUUAUCGCAGAUGUGGCAGCAGGAAGUGGGAGUAUACCAGAGUGCAUCAGUUUGGACUCAGAGUUCAGUGAUGUCAGUGAUUACUACUGUCUGAGAGAUCCAUGUAAAGCGGGUUUACUCGACAUGGGAGAAUCAUCGGAGUAUCCAGAUUCUGACUUUUGGUAUGAUUCGGCUGACAGUAACAGUCCGCCGGAGGACAUGUCCGAAGAUGGUGUUGACACUGGUGAGACAGGAGAGGGAAGCAUCACAGGAAGCGGAUUUACGGAUACUAUGGAUGUUUCUAAGGAUGGAGAGAAUGAAUAUGAAAAGGAUACUGAUGAAGGAAUAAAAGAGGAAGAGAAUGGUAAAGAAUUUACCCAGAAUACGGGAAGACAUCCAGAGGAAAUGGAUGAGGAGUAUGUUUCAACAAGAAAGGCCCCACCAAAGCUGAGAGACAGAAAGACACUGAAACCAAUUCAUAGCUUUAUCAAUGAGACAUUUAACUCUCCUUUUUCUAAGACAUCCGUUAAACAGACAAAUGCCACAACAGACGAGAAGCUGGGGGAUGAGACAGGGGAAGACAGAGACAAGCAGACUUCAGAAAGUGAAGAAGAAUCAGAUGGGAACAGUUUGUACUGUAAAGUAUGCAGAGCUUCUUUUCAGAACAAGAGAAUCCUGUUGCAGCAUUUUGCAGGCAAGCAUUUGCAACCUUACACUGUGAAAACAGUAGCAGACAGCUCGUCCUAUUUCUGUCACCUGUGUCAGAAGAUGUACCCAACAUUCAUGUUCUACAUGCAUCACGUACCUAACCACUCUGUGACCAUUUACGAGAAGAUGAAAGCUUUCGUUGCCAGCAUGAAAUCACAGCAGCGCAGUCAGAGAAUUGCCUUGCAAAGAGGUCUUGCCAAAAAGGUCAGCAUGAAUCAGAAGAUGGCCAGAACGCUGAAAAGCAAAAAAGCUUCAUCAAAGUCUGAAGUGGAUCAGUUGGAGCGCAGGCUUCUUGCAGGUAAAACUCAAGCCGUCAGGGAGAGGAUGAAAAUCUCCAAAAGGAAAAGAUCCCUGCAGUCUGCAUUUACGUCUAGUGAAGAUGAUUAUAGCUCUGAUGCAUCAAACAAUGUGGUUUUCAAAUCAAAGAAAUCAGAAAGCGAAAACAGAGAGCCCAUGACCGCGAUAAGGCUGAAGAGGUCAACUAACCAGCCAAAUCAGACGGACAAUACAAGCUCACCACAGUCGUCAUUUGAGCAGUCCGAGGAGGAGGAGGAGGAGGACAGUGAUGGUAAGGGCCCCAGACUUGCAAGAGAUCAAGAUGAUGACUAUGUGUUAAGUGAAGAAAUGGAUAGUGAUAGCGUGGACUCCACCAUAGCUCCUCCGACAACCCGCAGCAGAAACCGUGUUGCCCUCAAUCUGGGAGUGAUUGAUUCCAAGACAGGAAAACUAACCGACAAUUCAGAACUGAAUGAAGGAGUUUUGGUCCAGAAUGAGAACGAUGGCCUGAAGUGUUUGCCUAGCACACCUUUAGAGGACUUUGAUGCCGAUUCCAACUGUUCCGAUCUUUUUCUGUCACAGUGUCAGAAUGGGCGUUUUGUUCCAUUAGAGAGUCAGUUAGGCGUGCAAGAUAGGUCAUGUGAAACUAGCAGUAUUGUUGAAGAUGCAAGGAUUGUAGGAAGUGGCAAGGAGUUGGUACCCGGUCGUACCCUAACUGUUCGCCAUCUCAGCAGGCGACUGAAAGAAAGGUUGAAAUCAUGUGACCUGCACCCAACCGUUGUGUUAAAGGCACUUCAUGUUGAUGUGGAGAUGCCACACAGACGUGAAGUAAGCUCUUCUGUGGAUGCAGUAGGUCAGCAACCUCACAGUUCUUGCAGCAACAAUUUUGAGCAGCAAUCAGCACAGCUGGAUAGCCCCACACAACAGGACGAUUUAACAUCCGCAGCAGUCAAGGCCAGAAACUCUUCGUUCCUUGAUUCCUUUUUAUCUUAUUUAAAUCAGUACCCCUCUCAUACAGAAACAGUUCCGGUGGGAAGAAAGAGGUGUAGAAGUGGUCCACCUCGUGUGAGAGGGUUCAGAAAGCGGAGGAGCAGUAUUGAUUUCAGCCAGUUGGGUGAGACAGAUGAGGAAGGUCAGGCUAACUUGAGACACAGCAGCAGCUUGCAGUUGGAUGCGCCACAAAACAUGAGUGAAUCUGAGGCUAGCAAGUCAGACAUACAUGUGGAAUCAUCUGUUAACCUUCAGGGUGCCAUCCAUGGCAUUCCGUCCAAAUUCCCCACUCGACAGUGCUCUGUUAACUUAGGACAAAAGCUGAGUCUCGAAGAGUUAAAAGCAAACCAUGAUUUGUUAUCUAGAAGUCGGGGUGUGGCACAGGACAAGCAUGUCCCAGCAGUGGUAGGUCAUGAAGGGGGCACAGGUGUGAAGAAAAGUGAUGAUUCGUCAUCAUCAUUCGCCUCACCAGAAAGGAAAUGUGUACCUAUUGUUAGCUUAGAGACCUUUGAGAAGAUAGAUGUUUAUAUCACACAUUCUAAUAUACCUGCACACGAGAAGCUCAGAAUAUCACCACCAUCCAAGUUAGUAAAACACAAGAAACAUGGUGGAGAAAUGGUUGCAGAAGACUUAGAUAUAGCUUUAGCAAAAGACAAAACACUCAGCAAACAUGUUUUAGCUUGUUCAGGUGAUACUAGUACAGACCCAUGUUUUGAUCAACCACCUCAUGUAAGCUCACAGCUGACUUCCCGACAUUUCACCAGCGUGUUUCAGAGUGAAUUGCCACGCAGCAUUUGUUCUAAACUGGGGACUAGACUAGACAGUUCAGCACAGUCUUGCAGUUUCCAGUCCAAAUUUGUAGAAUCAGCUCUCAGACAAAGUCAGUGUUCUGAUAUGUUGGACACAUGCAAACAGACACCGCCUGGACUAGAAAUAACGUCCCAGGAGGCAAGAUUUUCAGACAUUGAAUCAUCAGAUCGUGUGUCGAUAGACAACAGCCCUUCUGAAAUUGAGUCCUCAGAAUUUGGGUUAUCAGAUCCCAUAUUUGCAGACGUGGGACCUUCACACUGUAGAGACAUCAAGUCUCCGGACAAUGGGACUUUAAAUAAUGAAUGUUCAGAAAACCGGACUUCAAAUAAUAGUUCUGUAGACAACCAGAUUUCAGAUAAUAGUUCUGUGGACAACCAGACUUCAAAUAAUAGUCCUGUAGACAACCAGACUUCAAAUAAUAGUCCUGUAGACAACCAGACUUCAAAUAAUAGUUCUGUGGACAACCAGACUUCAAAUAAUAGUUCUGUGGACAACCAGACUUCAAAUAAUAGUUCUGUGGACAACCAGACUUCAAAUAAUAGUUCUGUGGACAACCAGACUUCAAAUAAUAGUUCUGUGGACAACCAGACUUCAAAUAAUAGUUAUGUGGACAACCAGACUUCAAAUAAUAGUUAUGUGGACAACCAGACUUCAAAUAAUAGUUCUGUGGACAACCAGACUUCAAAUAAUAGUUCUGUAGACAACCAGACUUCAAAAAAUGGAUCUGCAGACAGUGAGACUUCAGACAGAAGCAGCCUCAAAUACCAGGAUUUAUCCAGAGAAGAAUAUUUGGAGAACUACACAGAUACUGGCCAAAACGAUGUUAGGAUAAUAAAAAACACAGCAGUUAAUUUAAGUGAAGAUUUUCCAGUUGAAAUGGCAGACAACCUGGACGAAGUGAACCUAGAUCAGAUUUGCCCUUGCAGUAUAAAGCAUUCUACACAGCCAUUAAUAUUAAAUAAUGAAAGAACAGUGAUAGUUUCUAAUAUGUCUGAUUGUGGACUUGUGCAUUGUUCGGCUGGGUCUGGAGCAGCAGGCGUGUCUUGCCAAGUGGCAGAGAAUGUGGUUGUCAACUUGAUUGAAGAAUCUGAAGGUGUGGGGUCUGACGCAGCAGUCAGUUGUCAGUCGGAUGGGCCAGGUGUAAGAGAUAUUUCUCCUGCAGGUGGUAAUGUCGAUGAAGAGAAGGUUUGUGGACUACAUCCAACUCCAGCUGUACAAGGAAGGGAAAGUCUAGACCUGUGUAAGUUUAUAAGGGAGGAGACAUCGGUAGGUGCUGUGCCAAGUCUAGGAGAGACUGAGCAUCACAGUUCAGUGAUUGGUGUGUCUGCAGAAACAGAUCUGGCAGAUCAGUCUCACCAAGCCCAUCACGAGCUGCACAAUCAAUCACAAGCAUACGAAGCCACUGAUGCUGCGCAAGAACAGCACUGGACACCUCAAGAUGUUCUUCCAUGCUAUGAUUGUGAACAUGUUCAGGUGAUACAAGAGCCAGUAGAAACACCAAAAGCUGUUGAUGUAAACAGCGCAGAAAAAUUAGAUGAAAUAACUGAAAGCUUGAGAGAAGAAGGUGAAGGAGAAGCUAGAUCAUUAUGUGAUAGUUCUGAUGGUGACGACAAAUUGGUGGGAGAUACAACACAGUGUGCUGAUGCUUCUUUGGCUGCGGUCGGUGACUCAGAAAAAGUGACCACUUGUGAAAAAGCAGACAGUGAUAUCACUGAUGCAGGCGGCAGUUUGUUUCAGGAAGACGCUCUUGAAUCUUGUUCAGUGCCAAAUGUUGAAUUAUCUGCAUGUGAUAAAGAAUCCACAACAGAGAAUGGAUAUACAACAAUGAGUAUUACAUCUAGUCAGGGUGCAGAUGGCACAGAACUGGCAGAAGUUCAUGAAAAUGCCCAAGUUUGUAAGGAAAUACCUCCUGCUGGAGAUAAUACUAGGGCUUCUUUGUUCACAAAGAGAGCUGCGGACAGCGAUGAAGAUGUGAAAACACAGCUAUUGGGAAACAACAAUGUGAGCAUUGAGAAUUUCAGGUUUCAACAAAGCAUUGCAGAAUGUUCAAGUGAUUGUAACAGUAUGGAGACAUGUCAAACAACUCUUGCAGCAGACACAUCUAGUCCAUUCACAGACAGAUCUGUUCAGAGUCCUGGGGAAGCAAUAUCAUCAUGUGUCAGAUCUGUUGCAAAUUCAGUUUCAUCAUCAAAGUCCUCUGAAGAAUCAUUAGUACUUGACCGCGGUAAAGAAAGAAAGCCAGACAGCCAAGGUAGAGCGAAUUUUAAUUCGAACAUUUCUUUGGCUGCUUUUAUCGCAGAAAGGUUAACUAAAGAUGACCUUGAACCAGCAAGUGCGUACAAAGGGAAUGCCAAUAACCCAGCCAGUUUUAGACUGAUUGGUGAGGAUUCCCCCUUGGAUAUUUGCUCCGGAAGAACAGAAACAACAGAAGUGAAUUGUAUUGGAUAUACUGAUAUCCUGUCUCCCUUGAAUUCUUAUGUGGAUGUUAAGGAAUACAUGGAAUCGAUGUAUAUUACACAUGUGAAUGAUAGCUUUUCUAUAAACUUUGGUCACCAUGUUGAGAGUACGUUAAAUAUCGGUCACUGCGGCUUAGAACCAGUAACACCAACUUAUGUUACAUCUACUGAUUGUCCUUCCACAUAUAUUGAUCACAACAGAAAGAAACCGGUUAUACCAAAGUAUAGUACACUUAUGGAUUGUCCUUCCACAUUCACUGAUCACAAUAGAAAGGAACCGGUUAUAUUAAAGUAUCAUACAUGUGUUGAAAGUCCUUCCCCACGCAUCGAUCACAAUGGAAAGAAAUCGGUAGAACUUGCUUAUAUUUCAUCUACCACUGGUGGUUUUGUAAAUAUUGGAAGUGACAAUACAGAACCGGUGAGACCGGUUUGCUAUGAACCUGUGGAUAAAUCCUGUGAACCCAGUGCUGAAGAUAACGUGACAUCUAAGUCUUUACUAAGUUCAGGCUUGGUAGAUUAUAGUUCAUCUGAGGAGGAGGAAAUCAGUACUCUUUGUGGUCUUCAGAAAGAACUAAGUGCAAAGAGGGAAAAUCCCCGGGAGGAAAUGAGUGUGAAGAAUGACAUUCACGAAGAGGAGGCCGGUGAAAAACAUAUUAGUUAUCAGGGGAAAGACAAUACUGAAUGUGAUAAUCACUGUGUUGCUGGUAAUCAAGUAAUGACUGUCAAGACAUCCACUGAAAGUAGUGAUUUACAGUCGGAUGAAAGUAAGGUCAGUUCUCAAAUGUUCACAACAGACCCGACAUCUCAUCCUCCUCAGACAGGUCAUUUCAGCGAUGUUGGUUAUGAAGGCAACUGUGUUGGACAGGAGCGGGGUUUACCUGAAGGCUGCAUAGAGAGUCAGCAGUGGGCUAGGAAUCACCUUAAAGAUCAGGGAGUAGGACCCACUCUAAAUCCACGGCAUUCAGAGAGCCGUUGGUUACCGGGUUCUGUGCUGGAAAAUAACCCAGAUGUAGACGAUUUUCAUUUAGAGAACAAAAAGGUUACAAGUGCUAGAAAACAGAGCCAAGAUGAACCUGUCUAUGUGAGGGAAGAAACCACAAACCGUGAAAUACCAGUUUGUGUGAGAGAGGAGAAAUUGAGCCAAGAUAUCACUGUUUGCGAGAGAAAGGAGAAAUUGAGCCAAGAUAUCACUGUUUGUGAGAGAAAGGAGAAAUUGAGCCAAGAUAUCACUGUUUGCGAGAGAAAAGAGAAAUGGAGCCAUGAUAUUCUUCUUUGUGUGAGUACAGAAAACCGAAGCGAUGAUAAACUUCAAUGUAAUAAUAGAAUAAAUUGCCAGAAUGCACUUCCUGCAGUCAGCACUUGUGAUGAUGAAAAUGUAACUUUGGGUGCAGAAUGUAUAGAAACAGGUUUAUCCCAGGCAGGCAAUGACUCCAUGUUACAGGAAUGUUUCAGUGAAGAAAUGCUUCAGGAUUCAGGGAGUGUAGAUAAUUGUGCUGAUGAUAAAACUGCUUAUUUGUCAGAUGGGGCUAAUUUACAGUGCUAUUAUAUGUGUGCAGCUAGUGAGCUUGAUGGUUCUCUUCUGUCAACACUAACUUCUUGUGUCCAGGAUGUCUGUCAUCAGUCAGCAACUUCACCUUGUAUCCAGGAUGUCUGUCAUCAGUCAACACCAACUUCAUCUUGUGUCCAGGAUGUCUGUUAUCAGUCAACACCAACUUCAUCUUGUAUCCAGGAUGUCUGUCAUCAAUCAACACCAACUUCAUCUUUUGUCCAGGAUGUCUGUCAUCAGUCAACACCAACUUCAUCUUUUGUCCAGGAUGUCUGUCAUCAGUCAACACCAACUUCAUCUUGUGUCCAGGAUGGCUGUCAUCAGUCAACACCAACUUCAUCUUGUGUCCAGGAUGUCUGUCAUCUGUCAACACCAACUUCAUCUUGUGUCCAGGAUGACUGUCGUCAGUCAACACCAACUUCAUCUUGUGUCCAGAAUGUCUGUCAUCGGUCAACACCAACUUCAUCUUGUGUCCAGGAUGGCUGUCAUCAGUCAACACCAACUUCAUCUUGUGUUCAGGAUGUCUGUCAUCAGUCAACACCAACUUCAUCUUGUGUCCAGGAUGGCCAUCCUCAGUCAACACCAACUUCAUCUUGUGUCCAGGAUGGCUGUCAUCGGUCAACACCAACUUCAUCUUGUGUCCAGGAUGGCUGUCAUCGGUCAACACCAACUUCAUCUUGUGUCCAGGAUGGCCAUCCUCAGUCAACACCAAGUUCAUUUUGUGUCCAGGAAAUAUCUGAGGGAACUGUGGGGAGGGAAGAAUGUCAUCUGCUUUCCAAAGGUGGUUGUGAAGUAUUCACAAACAACAUUCGUAGGAAUAAUUUUGAUAUACAAUCACACAAAAGGAACCGAGAGAAGCCUGCGGAGCAUGAGAUGUCAGGAGGUGAAUUUCGGACAGUUUGUUCUGAAAAAAAUGUUUGUGUGAUAACAUGUGGACUGUCCAGCUGCCAGCAAGAUGACCUGUGCGAAGAAGAGGUGCAGCUACUGUCUCCAGUGUGUGUAGACAGUGGUAUUGUGAUAGAUGACAAUUUGGGGGCCAUGAACUGUGCCACCGAAGUGGUUCUUCCUCGUUGUGAUGCUCCCAGAUGUGAUAGUGGUGCAGGCAGUGAGUGUGACAGAUCCGUCGGGACUAGUAGAGAAUGUACUUUGUUAGUGCCGAGUGUUUGUGAAGAGAGGAGACAAGCCUGGGGAGCUACUUGUGGUGCAGCACUGUUGGAACAAGCCAGCUUAUGCCAGAAUGUUGUAGAAAGCAUUCAAGGUGUGAUUUCUUCUUCUGAUGCAGUUGCACAACCUGGCUCUAGUGCAGAUAACAAAAUACUAUUGGAUACGGUCAGUGAUUCUCUGACAUGCUUCAGGGACACUGAAAGCACUCGUUUAAAACAUAUUUCUGAUUCACAAGUUUCAGCAAAGGGAGUUUCUGACCAGGUUUUUCCAAAGUUGACUGCCAAUUUGAGUGUAGCUGCCACAGUUUGUGACAUCACAUUAAAGGCUGGUUUAACUUCUCUGUCAAAAUUAGAGGUGGGCGCUGGCAUGGAGCCAAGAAUGACUGUUUCAGUUGCUAGCACUGUUUCUGCUCUGAUCAGUGAUGGUGGCAUGAGCAGGCGGCCUAUUGAUGUGGGGAAAACAAGUUGUAUAGAAGAACCUCCAGUGAGAGCUGAAAGUGAUCUUGUGACAAAUGUUCACAUUUCUGAAUGUGACAGUUCAGUUGUUCUGAGCUCAACUGUUGACAAGGGUAGUAAUUUUUUGAGGGAUCCUUCAAGGAUAACUCAGUCAGAGUUGUUUGAUGCACUUUUGAAACAGGCAGAUACUUUAAGCUACAUAUUUAAUGAUAGUCCUUUUGGAAUAAGUAACAAAUCUGAUAUCACUGACCAAAAGACAGAAGAUACAAGCUCAGGUCCUCCAUUUAAGAUAAGGUUGCCAUCUGCAGAGCUAGAAGUGGCUACACCAGAUGAUUUGAGGACAGACAAGAGCAACUGCAGCACAGCCAGCACACCAGACAAUCCAAAAGAAAGAACAGGCAAGAACAGUAGUGGCACAGCUAGCAGAUCAGAUAGUCCCAAAGAAAGAACAAACAAGAACAAUAGUGAUACAGCCAGUAGAUCAGAUAGUCCCAAAGAAAGAACAAACAAGAACAAUAGCAGUUCUGACAAGAACAGUACUGGUACAGCCUGCAGAUCAGAAAGUCCCACAGAAAGAACAGACAAGAACAUUAGCGGUCCUAACAGCCAUAGAGAAAGAGCAAGCCUAGACAAUGAGACUGAUGACGGAGAUGAUCUCAGUGACUUCGACUUGAUCAUUGAGAAUGACACAUCAUACAGAAGCCUGGUAUCUUUCCCAGCUACCACAGAAAAAAGAAGUUACUCUUCUGUCUCCCAGCAUCCUAUCAGUCCAUUCACCUCAAAGGGAAAAAUCACCUACUUUCAAUCCAAUGCAACAUCCUCCGUACUAGCAGGUGGUUUCACCUACAGUAAAAUACCCACUGUUGAUGGUCACCAGUCUCUACCACAGCAGCCGGGCGGUUUUUCCAGCAGACAACCGUCGGUCACUGCCAAGACCUACAGAAAAAGCCACCGACAGUUUGUUUGGGAGGAUGACGGCGGUAGUGGUAGAACUGCUCAACCUCAUGCUGCAGUUGUAGCACCAUCGGCUACAAGGCGCACUGUGCCAGCCAGAGAGACAGUUUCAGACCCAAGUUUGGAUACAUUGAGAAGGAAGCAGAAAUCCUUGAGAGAGAAAAGUGAAACGGCACCAUUUAGUUGGGACUUGGAUGACAACGCUGAUAACUUAGUCAGUAGCAACAGCAGUAAGGUCAAAGUUCGGCACCCUUCUAAAACCAACAGUGAUAUUAUCAGCUUCGAGAGAUCUAGUCAUGUGAGAAAAGUGACCACGCCGGCAAAUAAAGUCUGUCAACAGAUAACCCCACACAAGCGACCUCUCACUCCGGAUACCACAUCAGGCAGAAUACCAGCUAAAUUUAGGCGUACUUUUUCUGUGGACAGACCGGUUAAAUUUGUUGACAAAACAGCAGGAAAAGACCUGAAAAGAAGAGGUGAAAUGGUGGCAGAUGAAGUUAGUAAAUCCAGCUUGGUAAAAAAUUCUUCACAGAGAUCUGCUAGUGAUGCCCAUAGAUCAGUGACUGACACUCGGAGAUCGAGGAGUGACUCCAUCACUGUUGAUGAGGAUAUUUCAUUCAAGAAGGAUUCUUUUUCAUCAUCUGGUGGUUUAAUCCUGUCUGCAGACAUUCAGACUUCAUUGCCAGACAGCAUCAACUGUGUCAGCAGUCAUGAGGCUAAAGGGAAAAGAGGAGAAAAAUCUCAUAGACACACCCAUUUCCCAUCACCACUGAAUGCCGUGCUUCAAGAUUGUAAGUUAGAAAGCUCUGGUCUGGUUGCUGAAGAGGAUUCACUGAAGAGUCCGCUUGGUUUGAGAUCACGACACAGCUCCAUGGAAUCCAACAUGUCUGACAGGUCAGUGAACACAAAACGAGCAGCAGACAACAAUUCUCCAUUCCCCACCAAAAAAUCCCGGAAAAGUGAAGACGACCCAUCAAGUCCAAAACUAAAGAAGAUUGGGCUUAUAAAAGUGACUAAAGAUUGCCGCAGUCCAUCAGCCGCAACCGGGAUUGAUUCUGCAGCACCCAUGACAAGAUCUUCAGAAGCUGCCAUCAAAGCAUUUCAUCAGAAGAGCCUGAGAAGCCGAGGAGUGAAUCUCUGUCCACUAGCUGCUGUGUCUCCUUCAGCCACUUCUAAAAUUGGCCUACAAACUCCUCCCAAAAGCAGCCCAGAAACAAGUUCUAGAUUAAAGAGCUCAGUCACCCUACAGAAGUCAUCACCGCCGUUGUCGGUCAUAUUUAGGAACUCACUUUUGGAAUCUAAAGUAGAGUCGUCUCCAAAAAGUUCUCGAAGAAAACUGGACACUGUCAGUGGGACAGGGGCGGUGACGGAGCGCAGGUUACUGUCAUCCCCAGUCUCGUCCUCAAAAUCAAGCAGUGCUAAAAUAUCCUUCUCACUGCGUUCACGGAAAAGCUUCGAACAAUCAGGUAAACAUCCCCAGGCUGCUGUCAGUGUUGUCCCUGCCAAUCUUCUGCCUAGCGUUGCUCUAACUAAAGACACCUGCAAGUCUCAUGUGGCUCUGUCCACUAAAGAGACAAAAACACUUCCUUCACAACUGACAGUCAGCACUGGAAGUGUCAGGUCCAAGAGAGAGCAGACCUGGAGAAUGAGCAAAGACACAAAGUUGAGUAAAGAGAAGAAACGGAGGAGGUGA